AUGCACUAUGUUAAUGCUUCCAUUUCCCCAGAUAGCGGUAUCACAUUCUGUGGUAUGGCGCCAAACAAGAGCACUUAUUUGUGCAUGCACCCAUUGUGGGCAUACGCAGCGAGGAUGGUAGUCCACGAGAAAAGAAAUGGAUGUAGCACUUGCUGUGAGCUCCGCAAUUUUCAUCACUCUCUCUCGGUCUUGUGGUUCUUGAAAGCUCGCUCAAAUCUUCCACCUCCACGGCUUACACUUGCUAGCAGGAAUGCCCGCACAGAGCGCAUAGCCAACAAGUAUGGUCCUAUUAUUUCCUUGAGGCUGGGAAUGAUCCUGAUCUCCAGCCCGGAGCUUACCAAAGAGGUCUUCACCACACAUGAUCUAAAUUUUGCUUCCAGGCCGUACAUGGUUCUUCCCCAGAACUUCAGCUAUAACUUUGCUGGAGCUGUAAGUAGUCCCCAUGGAGAGCGCAAAACACCCCGUGAAUGCAAGGACUUCCUCGAUAUCAUGCUCGAUUUCAUUGGAGGGGAGACUUACGUUAAAGCGAAUUCAACUUUGUAA